AAUAAAGAAAUGCGGUUCAUGGGUCGCGAGCGCAGCAAACAAAUACAUAUAUUGCAAUUGCACACCCACUCCCCACACCAUCACUCCACAUUUCCUGUAUUCAAUAACCUGCGGGAUGGCGAUCUCUAUGCAUUUCUCUCGUGUCUUCACACGACCCCACCUCUCCGUGCCCGAGACCAGACUGUCCCGGCGCCGUACACCGCCCUCCCUCCGAUGUUCAGCCGCAGGAGAUGCUGCUUCGUUGUCGUCCGCCUCUGCUGAAUCUUCUGACUUUGAUGCUAAGGUGUUUCGUCACAACUUGACGAGGAGUAAGAAUUACAAUCGCAAGGGGUUUGGACAUAAGGAGGAAACUCUUGAGCAGAUGACUGAAGAGUAUACAAGUGACAUUAUAAAGACUUUGAAGGAAAAUGGAUAUGAAUACAGAUGGGGAAAUGUUACUGUCAAGCUUGCUGAGGCUUAUGGAUUUUGCUGGGGUGUGGAGCGGGCUGUCCAGAUUGCUUAUGAAGCUAGAAAGCAGUUUCCAGCUGAGAAGAUUUGGCUCACUAAUGAAAUUAUUCACAACCCCACUGUUAAUAAGAGGCUUGAAGAUAUGGAGGUUAAAAAUAUUCCUAUUGACAACGGGAAGAAACAAUUUGACGUUGUUGAGAAGGCUGAUGUCGUUGUACUGCCUGCUUUUGGAGCUGCUGUAGAUGAGAUGUUGGUUUUGAGUGAAAAGAAUGUUCAAAUCGUUGAUACAACUUGCCCAUGGGUGUCUAAGGUCUGGAAUACUGUUGAAAAGCACAAGAAGGGAGAGUAUACUUCGAUAAUCCAUGGAAAAUAUUCUCAUGAGGAGACUGUGGCUACUGCUUCUUUUGCAGGGAAGUAUAUCAUUGUAAAAAACAUGAAAGAGGCAACAUAUGUAUGUGAUUACAUUUUGGGUGGUGGACUUGAUGGAUCCAGCUCUACCAAAGAGGCGUUUCUGGAGAAAUUCAAAUUUGCAGUAUCUAAGGGGUUUGAUCCAGACAAAGAUCUCGUCAAAGUUGGAAUUGCAAAUCAAACUACUAUGUUAAAGGGAGAAACAGAGGAUAUUGGAAAAUUAGUUGAGAGAACCAUAAUGCGCAAGUAUGGGGUCGAAAACAUUAACAACCACUUCAUAAGUUUCAAUACUAUUUGCGAUGCAACUCAAGAACGGCAAGAUGCAAUGUAUAAAUUAGUCGAUCAACAGUUGGAUCUCAUGCUAGUUGUUGGUGGAUGGAACUCGAGCAACACCUCACACCUACAAGAAAUUGCAGAAGAACGUGGAAUUCCAUCAUAUUGGAUUGACAGUGAGAAAAGAAUUGGUCCUGGAAACAAAAUCAGUUACAAGUUGAUGCAUGGUGAGUUGGUGGAGAAAGAGAACUGGUUACCAGAGGGUCCUGUCACAAUUGGCAUAACAUCUGGUGCAUCUACUCCCGAUAAGGUUGUGGAGGACGUCCUUGUUAAGGUUUUUGACUUGAAGCGUGAGGAAGAAUUGCAAUUGGCUUAAGCUGCAUUUUAGUUCAAGUUUGCAGUGAUUACCACACAUACAGCUCAAUACAUAGUUCGGUGGAGUUAGCAAGAAACUUCAUUGCCUUACUCCAUGCAACACCGUGAAUGCAUGUUUGUAUUUAUAAAUGUCAUAAUAGGAAGGUUCUCCACUGGUUCUUUCAUGAUAUGGAUGUUAGUCGAGAUGAACUUGAAGUGUGGAUUGGUGUUGUAUACGUUGGUUCUCAGUUCAAAAAAGAUAAUUGUGCACGGGGUUCGUUGGUUA